AUGGCUCCCGAAGAGAUAUCAAGGAAGAGACCAAGAACGCAGUCAUGUCCACCACCCGCACUUCCACAGCUUGUCGCCGAGCAGCACGUCCCUAUCGCCGCCAAUGAUAAAGACACCCAAAGACUCGUGGUCGUCCUGUCCAAUGCGAGUCUAGAGACAUACAAAGCAUCACACGGUGGACGGUCGGGGAAUAUGCGAGACGAGAAAUACUCCCUGCUAAACAGCGACGAGCAUAUCGGAGUUAUGCGAAAGAUGAACCGAGAUAUCAGCGACGCACGGCCGGAUAUCACGCAUCAGUGCCUUCUUACGUUGCUUGAUUCGCCAGUGAACAAGGCUGGAAAGCUACAGAUUUACAUCCACACCGCAAAAGGUGUCCUCAUCGAAGUCAGCCCCACAGUCCGAAUUCCUCGUACCUUCAAGCGCUUUGCCGGUCUCAUGGUACAGCUUUUACAUCGGCUCUCCAUUCGCUCUACCAAUUCACAAGAGAAGCUACUCAAAGUCAUCAAGAACCCCAUCACGGACCACCUUCCGCCCAACUGCCGAAAGGUCACCCUCAGUUACGAUGCUGAAGUCGUUCGGGUCAAAGACUACAUCGAAGACAUAGGCCCCAAUCAAAGCGUUUGCGUCUUCGUCGGUGCCAUGGCUAAAGGCAAGGACGAUUUUGCAGAUAUGUACAAGGAUGACGCUAUCAGCAUCAGCAAUUACAGCUUGAGCGCUAGCGUAGCAUGUGGCAAGUUCUGCAAUGCUGUGGAAGACGUGUGGAACAUCGUCUAG